CGACCAUGCAAGUUCCGUGUGUGUUGGCGUUUGCGUUGCUUGCUUUCGCGCGUUCAUCUGACUUUACCUGCAAGAAGACGUCGAACUGUUCGUGUCAAUAUGAGAAUGGCGACAACAUUAAUUUGAUUUCUUUAGGGAAACGUGACCAGACUGCAAGGUUCAUGGAACAUCAUGGUGGUCUGGUGUUUUCGUAUAAUCCUUGUUACACGUUUACUAUCGUUGUACCCGGUGUACGCAAUGUGGCGUGCUCACCUCAGGACGACGUAGCGGUAUGUGAGACGCAAUCGACUACGCUUUUUAACAUUGGAACACAAAAAAGUGCUUCAUUUGUGACUGCUGAAGAACGUCUAUACAUUGUUUAUACAUCUACAGAGACAAAUCCACACUCUACAACAAGGAUUGAAUUAAAAUGUGACCCUAAUGAAUCCAGUGGUGUAUUUUCAGUUCAAGAUCAGGACGAGUCAACAGAAAUACAUCAUUUUGCACUGUUGCACAAAUGUUGCUGUCCCAACGGAUGUCAACGACGAUCACCUGUCACACACAAGCAAGGAGGUGGUCUUAGUACUGGAUCUAUUCUUCUCAUUGUCGUUUUGUGUUUACUUUUUGUGUACUUUGUUGGUGGCAUACUGUAUCAACGGCUUGGCAAAGGAGCACAAGGAAUAGAAAUGGUUCCUCAGCAUCAAUUUUGGAUGUCACUACCAGGCUUGAUUAAAGAUGGAGUUGUAUUUGCUAUCAAGCCGUGCAAAAAUUGGAGCACUAAGUCAGGGUAUACUGUCAUGAAAUGACGUGAAUAUUGUCUGAUAUCUAUUGACGAUAACAUGGUUGGCUACAAAGAUAUGUUCCCAGAAUAUAUAGAAUAUGCAGAGUGUCAGGUAUGCGUAGAACGUCAUAUGUAUAGAACUUUAGUUGCAUAUGCUAAGAGACUGAAGAAACGAGUUCUGUGAGUCGAUUCGUAGUAUUGUCAAAGAAGGGCCUUUGAGUGUAGUCACAUUUCCAGCAAUCAGAUCGAUGAUUUUAACA